CACGCAGACUCUGGCCAGAGCCGCCCUUGGUGUCAGUGGCCCGGCUCCCGCCUCCGCUCCGGCUGUCGUGCGGCCCCAGCACCUGUCGCUUGGUGUGUCCCGGAGCCGGCGACCCUGACUCCGUCGGGGCCAGGGAAGGCCAUGGUUUCCCUGCCCGGGUCCCCUGCGACCAGCUUGCUGCGGGUUUUGUUCCUGGGGCUGACUGCUCUCGCGCCCUCCUCGCGGGCCCAAGUGGAGCUGCACGUGCCCGCCGGCCUCACCAAGUUGCGGGCGGUAGAGGGAGAGGAAGUGGUGCUCCCGGCGUGGUACACCCUGCAAGGGGACCAAGCUUCGACCAAGCCCAAGCCUUGGGAGGUGCCCACCGUGAUAUGGUUCUUACUGGAAGGGAAGAAUAUGAAUAUGAGCCAGGUGUUGGCGCACAUCAGUGGGGUCACAUCAAGCAAACCUGGAGCAUCCCUGGUGUACCCCAUGCCCUCCCGGAAUGUGUCACUGCGGCUGCAGGACCUCCAGGAGAAAGACUCCGGACCCUACCUCUGUUCCGUGAACUUGCAAGACAGUCAAGGCACUGUUCGAGGUCACAGCAGCAAGACUUUAGAACUCACUGUGCUGGUUCCUCCAGCUCCUCCAUCCUGCCGCCUCCGGGGCGUGCCCCACGUGGGGACCAACGUGACCUUGAGCUGCCAGUCCCCAAGGAGUAAGCCCGCUGCCCAAUACCAGUGGGUGCGGUCGCCCCCAUCCUCCCAGGUCUUCUUUGCACCUGUUUUAGAUGCCAUCCAUGGGUCUUUAAACCUCAAAAACCUUUCUACUUCCAUGUCUGGAGUGUAUAUCUGCAAGGCCCACAAUGAGGUGGGCAGUGCCCAGUGCAAUGUGACCCUGAAAGUGAGCACAGGGCCUGAGGCUACGGUGGUUGCUGGAGCUGUCGUAGGCACCGUGGUUGGACUGGGGCUCCUGGUUGGGCUGGUCUUGUUGUACCAACGCCGGGGCAAGGCCCUAGAGGAGCCGGCCAACGAUAUCAAGGAGGACGCCAUCGCUCCCAGGACCCUGCCCUGGCCCAAGGGCUCAGACACAAUCUCCAAGAAUGGGACCCUCUCCUCUGUUACCUCAGCACGAGCCCUUCGGCCACCCCAAGGCCCUCCCAGGCCUGGUGCAUUGAGCCCCACACCCAGCCUCUCCAGUCAGGUCCUGCCCUCACCAAGGCUUCCCAGAACAGAUGGGGCCCGCCCUCAGCCAAUAUCCCCCAGCGCUGGGGGGGUCUCUUCCUCUGCUCUGAGCCGCAUGGGUGCUGUCCCUGUGAUGGUUCCCGCCCGGAGUCAGGCUGGGUCUCUGGUGUGAUGGCCCAGCCACUCGCUGGCUGGGUGUCCGGCUUCUCCUUCCUACAGGGGUCACCCCUAGCACAGAGGCCUGAGCCUUGGGAGGGUGGCCGCCUUCCAGACCUCUGGUCCUCUGCCCCCACCUUUCUUUACUA